AAGACACACCGGGAGCUUUCGUCGGGCGAAACGUUGGUUCCUUGCCAGCCUCGCUAUCCGCUCGACCGGAAGGACACUUUGAAUUCGACCGGGGAGCGCAGCCCGUGUGGAUACCCUAGACGGAACGCCAUCUCGCCGGUAGUCAAUAAUGUCCCCAACGCCCCAUCAUUCGAGGUUUAACAUACGACCACCCUGUACGACAGGCGAUUCUGGUGAUCCCGGUCCUUCUCUUGGGAAGGACGCAGAGAGAGUAUUUGAUUUCAUCGAGGACGAGCGACAUUUGACGGCGCACGACUUGUUAAAGGAUGUGCGACGUCGUAUAAAAGAACAAGAGGCGAUUGUCACCAGGAACAGUACAAGGAGCAGCAAACGCAAACCAAGCCGACUGGCAAUUAUCAUAAGGAAAGAAUCGGCGAAAUUAGAGACCGAGCAGCUCGACCGGGAAGAGCUGGACCGUGCCAAGGAGAUUCUAAAUUCCAAUAAGGCGGCCAUUGACAAAUUGGAGAACCGCGUCCGUAUCUUUCGAAAAGCUCUACAUAAUCUCAACGAGGACGACGAAUGGACGUACGCAUCAACACAUUUUGGGAUUAAAACAUUCUACAGAAGAGAGGAAGACCAGAGCUUGAGUGUGAAACUGGAAGGCGAGAUUGAAGGCGUUCCAUUGUUUGAACAAAUUUGCGUUCUGAAAGAGGUGGAUCUGCACUACAAAUGGGCUCCGUUUUGUUCGUCAUCGAUGACGGUGGCCGACUUGGAUAAGCUCGACACCGUCGGUUGGUUUAUGAUCGGUUUGCCACAUUUCGGUGUAGCUCGUGAUGGGUGCUUUCGGGCAAUCGGUUGCGAUAAUAUUAUUGAGGAUGGCAGUAUUUUGUUGGUUGGUCAAGGCGUUCAUGAUCGACCACCAGAUGCGCCGCCACCGGAAGACCCGUUUCUGUCGGAAGAUCCGAUUUUGAACGAUCUAGGAAUCCCUCCGGUACCGAAACGAAGAGGAAGUGGACGGAUGACAAUCCGCAAGUUCGAAUCGGUGAUUCACGUCUUGUCCCCGACGUCAGCAAAGACACGAAUUGUUGCCAAUAUUGAUCCCAACAUGGCAUUUCUGCCACAGUCACUGCUUGAGUUUCUGAUGAAACACUUGGCAGGCGUUAUGCUAGCGAAGCUACAAGCUGCUACCAAAAAGGUAUUGAAGAAUCCCGUCAGCAACGAGCACGCUCGAAAAAUGAGAGAGCACGAGGAUUUCUACAAACACUGGCUGAUGCAAAAGUUU